AUGUCAAAUCAAGCACUCUUUCAUCUUCGAACGCUAUGGCUCUUCACGAAGAGUGACUUCAAAACUGUCAUCUUUCCUCAAACGGUGUUCGGAAUAGUUGUAGCGCUGUCUGGGCCGCUUCUCACCAGUAACCCAGCUCCGAAAACCUGCGAAGUCCUGCGUAAUCUCCCGAAAACGAUCUUAUGGCUUUGGCUCAAUCUACUCAACGAAGUGGUCUCGAAUCAGCGCCUUCCAGGCUCUAUAGUGGAAGACAGCGUCAACAAACCAUGGAGGCCCCUCCCAACUCAGCGGAUGACAUCAAACACUGCGAGAAAGCUGCUCUUAUGCGCUAUCCCAACAAUAUACAUUGCAAGUCUCCUAUUAGGAGGAACAGAAGCUUCCAUGAAGCUAAUGGUAUUCUCUCAUAUGUAUAACGAACUCGAUGGGGCGAAUGAGAAUUGGCUUAUUCGUAACGUGUUAAACGCGUGCGGUCUGUCAUGCUUCAGUGUUGGCGCUGCGGUGACGGCUACUGGCUUUGGAGAUUACACGCUUCAACGCGAAGUUUAUGUGUGGAUCAGCCUCCUCGCUGUUGUGAUCGCUACUACCGUCCAAAUCCAAGACCUUCCAGAUAUCGAAGGAGAUCGUCGGAGAAACCGGAAAACGAUGCCUUUGGUGUACGGCCAUGUCGCUACGAGGUGGUCAGUUUCUAUCACGAUUAUGUUCUGGUCUAUUUUUUGUUGUACGUACUGGGAUCUAGAUUCUGUGUGUUAUCUUCCGUGUAUGUUGAUUGGAAUAUCGAUUGCGGUUAGAACGCUGGUCAUGCAGACUCAGGAUGCAGACGAGGGAACAUGGAAGCUAUGGUGCCUAUGGAUGAUGAUAUUAUAUUCACUGCCGUUGAUGAGAACCACCCCCAGGCAUCUUUGA